UUAGCAACAGCAACGUCUUCUCCACAGGUUAACGUUUGCGUUCUACGCCGCCUGGCGCGCAAGGAGAGGCGGCGCAAAUCUUGUUACGGGUCUCAGGGCGACGCUUCGACUCCUGCUGCGCGCAGCAACCCGGACUGGGCAGGCGGGCGGCUGGCCUCUCCCGAGGCGGCUGUGGUGGGGCUGGCCAGGAGGCUCCUCCUCCCAUGGCGGGGCAGGUGCCUGGCUCGCUGCUGGGCCCAUAUAAGGCACCGAAAGGGGGCCGGCCUGCCCUUGCUAGGGCUCUGCUGCUGCUGCGUCUCGCCUCGCCUCUGCUGCGGGGCUCCGCUGCUGCCUGAGCGCGUGGUGGUGGUGGUGGUGCCCAGCCCAGCCAUGGCCCAGGGCGAGGAGGGCGACGGUGGUGCCCAGGCCCCCGCUCAGCCGCCGCCGCCGCCUCCUCUCCCUGCUGCUCCUCUGGGCGCGGGCGGCAGUGGCGACACGGGGCCUCUGGCGGGGCUGUGGCCGGCCUUGCUGGUGGCGCUGGUGGCCGCCUUCAUCGCCUGGCUCUGGUACGGCAGCAGCGAUGGCAAGGAGGAGAAGGCGGCGGCCGGGGCGAGCCCUCCGCGGGGGGAGCAGACGGAGGAGAGGGAGACGCUGCUCCCCGCAGCCAAAGAACCACUUCAGGGAAAUUUUGAAUGUCUUGUGUCUGAAAUCAAGCCAAUGGAUGUCUCCAGCCCUCAGGAGCCAGUGGCGAACCAGUUGGGUCCUCCAGGAGAACAUGGUGCCCCUGAUGUUCCCAGAGAGUCUCCAGAAGCAGAGCCAGUGGUCCAGCAGCCAACAACCCCCUUAAUGAACUACAAGGAAUAUCUAAGCAGCGAAGCAUUUUGUCAGCCCGCAACAGCCUCCGAGCCACCUCAGAGCCAAGAAGCUGACACUUGUGGCGUGGACACUUUGGGAGAAACAGCUGCCCCUUGGGUCCAGCACGAGGAGAGAUGCAAAGAGCAACUGCAGCAUAGUUCUGUUGACCAUGAGGAGUGGGAAAUGGUUCCAGAGCAUUCAGCGUGGGGUGACGGUGUAGGAAAGAGCAGUGCAGAGGAUGCCAGCAAGGACCUAGAACAAGCAAAGAGGGUUGCAGCGGUGUCUCCGAUGCCUCAGACUGUCCAUGUGACUUUCCGCGUGCACUACAUCACUCAUUCAGAAGCCCAGCUGGUUGCCAUCACAGGUGACCACGAAUGUCUCGGCCAGUGGCACCACUAUGUCCCGCUCAGGUGUGACAAGGAAGGGUUCUGGUCAGACUCUGUUGUCUUGCCAGUUGAUACCAGAGUCGAGUGGAAGUUCAUAGUCGUGGAGAAUGGGAAGGUCAGACGGUGGGAAGAAUGUGACAACCGAACCCUCAUGACAGAACACGAGGAUCGGGUGGCCCAUAAGUGGUGGGGAUAUCAUUGAAUGGGAGCUCUAGCAUUAUUCCAUGUCUCCAGUCGGAGCUUCCCUGCACUGCCAUAUCUUAGUGUCUCUCUGGGCUGCAAGCUUUGCCAGAACUGCCUUAGAUUGAAGUCUCUCUCCUCCUGCUAGUGUUGGCUUUAAGAUAUGAAGAGACUUUUCGAACUUAAGUCAGACCAAAGCCUUUCUAGUGACACACAACUUAGGGGCCUUUAGUGGGCAGUGUUUCAAAACCGCUCCCUGCAUAAAAAGCUUUAAACCUUGCACUUGAGAUUGUACAGUAUGAAUGGAGACAAGAGCAUGGAUUGUGGAUGCUGGCUGACAGAAUGGGAGAAGUGUAGUUCAGCUACACUGUCAUGGUGGCUGUUAAAAUGUUCUUAACUUAUUGUUACUGCAGAUGGAAGCAAUAAAGAUGAUUUUUAGACUGGU